GUUGAUUUAUAUAUAUAUGUAUAUAUAAUAAACUUAUUAUUUAGUCAGUAUCUUGCCGGCCGAUAAAACUAGUAAGUUUGCUGUACAAAUAUUUCAGGCAUAAGAUAUCAUGGCAACAGUGAAAUUUAAAGAUGUAUCGCCAUACAAAAAAUCACAACCCUUACCACCUACGCAGGAUUAUCUUUAUCAAAAAUACUUAGAGGACCUGGCACUGAAGAAAGAAAUACAGCAUCCGAAAAUAAAACUUGCCCUGUUUGGUGUUGGCCGUGCAGGUGCCAUUCAUCUAUCCAAUAUUGUUAACAAUCCACGUGUUAAAUUGGUUUACAUUGUGGAUGACUAUGAGAGUAACUGGAAAAACCUUAAGGAGUACUGGCACUUUGAGGAUGUUACCUUCUUGAAUAGUAAACAAGCAGAUAAAGUGUACAAUGAUUCUAAUGUAGAUGCAGUUAUCGUCGCAACGCCUACUUACACUCACGAGGUGAUCGUGAGGAAAGCCUUAGAAGGAAAGAAGGCAGUAUUUUGUGAAAAACCAAUAGCUGAGGAUAACGUCAGUUCAUUAAAAUGCUACGAUACAGCCAGAAAAGUCAGCAAACCAUUGUUCUGUGCCUUUAACAGGCGAUUCGAUCCCAGUUAUGCUGCUGUUAAGGAAAGAGUCAGGAGUGGGGAAAUUGGACACGUUCACGUCAUUAAAACAGUCUCUCGUGAUUCUCCUCUACCUAGUAUAGACUAUUUGAAAAUAUCUGGUGGCAUAUUCCACGAUUGUAUGGUCCAUGAUUUUGAUACUAUUACUUGGAUUCUUGGAGAGUAUCCCGUUAAGGUUGCCGCCCAAGCAUACGCACAUAUUCCAGAAAUCAAAGCAAUUGAUGACUAUGACACGGUAGUGGUGACCCUUUAUUUCCCUUCAGGUACUUUAGGUAUGGUCGACGUGUCGCGAAACAGUGCCUAUGGCUAUGAUCAGCGUCUUGAGGUCUUUGGCCCGAAGGGUAUGAUCGUUGCGAAUAACGAACAGACAAACGGUGUCAAUUCGCACAACGGUGUUCAAGGUAUAAUCAGUGCACCAAUAUGGUAUUCGUUCGCCAGCAGAUUUAUGAACGGUUAUCGUCGGGAAUUGGAUCAUUUCAUUAAUGUCGUACUCGGUAAAACUGAGCCAUCUGUGUUACCCAAAGAAAUUCUGGCUGUAAGUAAAAUUGCAACUGCGUGUGAAGAAUCCGUUCGUACUGGUAAAAUGGUAGAGAUAAAUUGGGCACCGAAUGAACUACUAUAAACAGUAUGAUUACGUAGCAACUUUUUAUCGUUCAAGCGUUAUUCUGUCAUCUUGUACUUUAUAAAAUCGUGAUACAUUCAUACAAUUCGUAUUUUUUAUGAGAUUUUACGUUCUUCCUCGGUAAGCGAUGGAAGAAAAGUCAAGACGAAUUGUGAUGUGCAUGCAUGCACGAGUGAAAAGACAUAGGUGAAUCUUGUUUGUUAUACGCAUUUUUUUUAUCGUUAUAAUAAUAUAAAGAAAAUACAGAAAAAUACCAUA